AUGAGUUCCACUUUUGGAAGCCUAGUUUUUGGUAGAGAGGGAAAUUUUGUAACUAGGAGGUUUGUAUUUGAAGGAUCAUCUGUAAGCAAUCUUAAGACCAAAGCAACAAGGUUAGGUGUGCACAACCCGACGCGUGUGGAGGUUGUGAUUGCAAUCCUCUUUAAAUGUAUAAUGUCUGCAUUGAACGCAAAGUUGCCUCCAUGGAAGUCAGCUUUGAUAUCAACUUCAGUGAACUUGGGACGAAGAGCUGUGCCACCAUUCGCAGAAACUAGUGUGGGAAAUUUAGUUCUGGCAGCACCAAUACCAGUGAAUAGUGAAGAAACAGAUUCGCGUAGUUUUUUGCACCAGAUGAGGAAAGGCGUAACCCUAAUCAAUGGCGACUUUUUGAAGAGCCUUCAAGGUGAUCAAGGAUUAUAUCGUUUCAAUGAAUAUGUGAUAGAGCUUAGUAAUUCGUCUUCUAAGGCUUCAUCGGACGGAGUAGAAAUAAUCGUGUUUAAUAGCUGGUGUAACUCAGGCAUUUACAAUGCUGAUUUUGGUUGGGGAAAACCUACAUGGUUUCCGGUUGUUUCUUUUAUAAUAGGGCUUCGUGGAUUGGUGAUUCAGCUCGUGGAUACAAGAAUGAGUAAUGGAAUGGAAGCGUGGGUGUCCUUGGAUGAAGGAAUCAUGUCUAUGGUAGAGCAGGACAAGGAACUCCUUUCAGUAGCCUUAGUUGAUCCAAGUCCUCUUGAAAUUGAUUCAAUCAAGCCAAGGCUUUAG